AUGGCUGCCGUGAUUAAAGGAAUGGGUAAAAGGAAGAAAGAACAAGAUGAUGACAAUGACUGUUUGUCACAUAAUGUUAAGAAAGCACGUCGUGUGGUUUGGUCUCAUGAUCUUCAUGCGAAGUUUGUUGAAGCUGUUAAUACACUUGGGUUACACGAUGUUGUUCCAAGAAAAAUUGUUGCAUUGAUGAAUGUUGAUGGUAUUACUACCGCUCAUGUCGCAAGUCAUCUCCAGAAAUAUAGACUCCAUAACAAAAAGGCAGUACAUCAAGCUGAUAGGGUUCCUUCAAGUUCAACACUCAUUCAACAACCUACUCAAUCUCAAAACAUCAUCAACACCUCCUUACACAUCCAUCCACCAAGUUUACUCCCUAACAAAAUCACUCUCCAUCAAUCUCAUACGGUUCCUGUGCAAAUUUACUCUCCACCUGGUUUCAACAUCAGUGGAGUCAGUCCUUCAACACUAGUUCAAUCUCAAAGCAUCAAAAACCAUCCACCACCAUCCACCUUUCCUAUAUAUCAUCACACCUCUACUUUUCCAACUCAGUCUCAAAACAUCAUCAACAACUCGUUUAACAUUCAUCCAUCAUACCAUUUUCCUAUAAAUCAAACAUCACCUUUACUCUUCCCUAACAAAAUGCCUCUCCACCAAUCUCACACAGAAAUUUACUCUCCAGCCAGUUUGAACAUGAGUAGAGUCAGUGCUACUCGUUCUCAAAAUAUCAACAUCCAUCCACCACCAUCCACCUUUCCUAUAUAUCAUCAAACCUCUACUUUUCCAACUCUUGUUAAGCAAUCUACAACUCCACCUGCAUUGGCAACAACUUUCGACUUCCAUAACAUUAGGGCUACUAACUGCCCUUUUAUUGGAUCUGCUUCUUCCAAAAGCACAAGCAUUUCGGAUUAUGAUUGGUAUACAAAAAACACGAAAAUGGAACCUCAGUUUCUUCCACUUCCCAAUAAUUCUUUGCCGGUAUCAGAUUCUGACAAAACAAGUCAAAUGAGUUCACAACAGACAGAGCCAUUUGUUGAUGUUUCGGAUUAUAAUUUGGAAGACGACACUAACAUCGAUAUUUCGGAUUAUAAUUUAUGUAGUGAAAAUAGUCCUAUUGACUUUUCAGUUGAAAAAACAAAUUGUAACACUUUGGAGUGGGGAUGCCUAGAAGAAGAUCUCAUAAAUGUUAUGAAGCUUCCAUCACUAUGUUGA